AUGGCCCUUGAUCAAGACGGACAACUUCGAUGUCCCACUGACUCGACUUCCGGAAUCUCUGGAUCUUUUCAGCAUUUUGAAGAGCCGUCUCAGACUUUAAGGUGUGUUUUUCAAUCCAAUCUGACGCUAGCGGAGCGCAUUGGGCAGGAUAUAAGGGCCAUCUUUGGUACGCAAUGCACGCCAUUGAAAGAGGAGACUGUGAUCGAGUUCCCCCAUCGCAGUGAUACUUUCAAAUGCUUGUCGGAGGAAGAGUUGGCGGUUACGCAGCUUGCUCUGAUCAAAGAUCACGUCGGCAUCAAUGCAGAAGAAGUGUUCAGUCGCUGGAACACCGAUGUCGCUGCGCCUAACUGGAAUGCAAAUGUGAUCCAACCUGCAGUUAAGCUAUUCAUGGGAUGGAAUCGAUCGUUUCGCACGCUCUUCUCCAUGUCUCAGGAAGCCUUUCUUCGAGUAGUCGCAUGGGGAGAGCUGGUGCGCUUGAUGAACCAGUCUUGGACGGUGAUGCAGUGCCAACCAGGCGAGAAGGUAAUGUUUGCUCAGCUUGGCCAGGUGCAUCGCCAGUUCUUCAAGGCCAAGGUUAAUUAUGAUAAGGAAAAGAAGGAUCGGAAGAUUAGUCGCUUUGAAGCGCUGGGCUGUGAUAUGAUUGCGGCAUAUCUUGUAACGAUGACGAUAGAGAUUGGUAGAAGCACAUAG